CUUCCUCUAGGGAAAGAGAUGGAGGCUUCAGGAUCUUCUUCCCAGUUUCCAGACAGCAGUGCGGUCCACAGAGAAACAGAGGAUCUGAACCACCCAGAGACAGAAUUCCACAAGCAACAUGGGAAGGCCCGGGAACGCUAUGAGAGAGACAAGUCUUCCUCCUCAUCCUCAUCCUCCUCUUCCUCCUCUUCCUCCUCAUCUUCUUCCUCCUCCUCAGACAGCAGCGAUGAGGACAAGCACUCCAGAGGUCCGAGGAAACACAGAAGGAAGCUGCACAGAGACAGCUCUCCUGGUGCUGACCAUGGGGAACUGGAGGUGCUGAAGGACGAGCUUCAGCUCUGUGGAGGCGCUGCUGGGGAAAUGGUGCUUGCUGGGGAGUCAGGACUCCGAAGGAGAGGUUCCGGCUCAGCGGAGGGAGAAGUGGAGGCCUCUCAGUUAAACAGACUGAACAUAAAGAAGGAUGAUGAGUUUUUCCAUUUUGUCCUUCUCUGCUUCGCCAUUGGAGCCUUGCUGGUGUGCUACCACUACUAUUCAGACUGGUUCAUGUCUCUUGGGGUUGGUCUGCUCACCUUCGCUUCUCUGGAGACCAUCGGCAUCUACUUCGGGCUGGUGUACCGGAUCCACAGCGUACUUCAGGGCUUCAUCCCCCUCCUUCAGAAGUUCAGGCUGCCAGGGUUCAGGAGAACCAACUGA